AUGGUCACAGCCAUUUUCAACAUUGAUCGAAUGGAGAAAACUUUAAUGAGCACCAUUACAAAAAAAUCUUCUGUCUAUCCAGUGGAUGGACUUUCGGUGCCAACAGUUUUGUGUAUUGGUGUUCACGAUGCUACAUCUCAUACGAUUGGUAGUGUUGUUAACAUCAGCAUUAACCAAAAACUUGGCUGUAGAACUCAUCCAGUCAUUACAAGUGUUUGUACUGGUCAAAAUGAAAUUAAUCUACCGACUUCAGUUAUUUCAUGUCAACUUCAGCCUCUUCGCCAAAUGUUGAUCGAUAGUAUUAAUAUCGAUGCUGUGGGCUGUGUCGAGAGUGUGGAAGAAAUCCGAGAAUUUCUACGCAAUCUGGACAGUAAAAAGUCUCCUGUUGUUCUGAAUUUAAAUAACGAAGCUCGAUUGAAUGAUGAUGUGCUACAAGCAACCAUUGAUUCAAUUUUGCCAUUCUGUUCGGUUGUCAUUAUCACGCACGAUGUGAUCAAAUGUCUUCGAAGUAAUGAGCAACAAUCCAUGCAGAAUGUUGCCAGUAAGCUUUUGACCAUGGGCCCUGAAGCUAUUGUUGUGCAAGACGAAAAUGGACAACGAUAUGUUGUUAUCAACGACAAUAAUGAAAGAUCACAAUCAUCGUACUCUCUGUUGCCAACGCGUUCUCAUAAUUCGUACACAGAAGAUCUUUCUGCUGCAAUUGCUGCUUUUUUGGCUCAUGGCAAUCUUACAUUGAGCACUGCUAUUGCUUACGGUGACUCAUAUUCAACAGCUCGAGAGUUACACCAAUUACCUGAUGUACGAAUAUUGCCAUAUACUUUUGUUCAAGAAAUGUGGUCAUUCGUGGAUGACAUUCACAAACGAAUACUCACAUUGCCAUUUAUCAACAAGAUGCUUGAUAGUACUUUGAAUGAACGUAUUCAUGACUAUUAUAUUAUCCAAGAUUAUUAUUUCUUUCUCGAUCGAGGAUACAUGCUGAAUGGACUUGUCAAUCACUGCAUCCAUGACACCGAAGUUCUCGAGUUUCUGAAAACUCAGUUAGAAAAAAAUAAAAAAUAUAUUAACACGAUUCUUGUUGAUAAUAAUUUGCCACCAUGUGACGAAAAUACAAUCGAAAAAAUGCCUGCGUGCGUAUAUUACACAAGAAUGAUGCGCGAAUUGGGUGAACAUCGCGGAAUUCUUGCGACAAUCGCAGGUCUCGUUGGUCUUCUACCUUGUACUCUCAUUUAUGCUAAAGUUGGCGACUGGAUGAUUGAAAGUGGGAUUCGACCUACAAUCAAACGGUACGCUGAUUUCAUCGACGCAUAUUAUGAUCAAGCGAGACACGAUCGAUUAGCCCAUUUCAUUGAACUCAUCAAUCGACUGGCGAACAACUGCUCUCAUGAGCAAAAACUGAAGUUAAAAGAAAUCUUUCGGCAAAUAUGUGAAUAUGAAUAUGCAUUUUGGGAUGAUGCCUAUCAAUAUGGAAUGCAUUAUUAA